AUGCUCAGGGAAUCGAGUUGUUUAUUGCCGCCAAGUCAACCAGUCAUUCUUCGAUCGGGAAAAAAGGAAGAUAUUUCCAGAGAGACUAUGGUCACACCGAACCGAACAAGUACUCGGCAGGAUGGAGGACGCAGAAAGACGAUGAGCCGCAGUGGUCAAAGGAAAUCUCGUUCUGCAAGUUCGAAUACAGACCAAAGCUCUUUGAAGAAAUCUGGCGGAAGCGAGUGUGGCUCAGAACAGCAAAAGGAAAUUACGUCAGAAAGCGAAGUUGUCACAUUGGAUAUUUUUGACGAUUCUGUUUGGGACACAGACCUUGAAGCAGAAGAUACGAAAGAACCUUACGAUCAUUCCGGACGUUCGUCCUAUAUUAACCGAUGUCGGCAAUUGGGCGUUACACCAAUUAGUUACUUUCUCCGUCAUAUGCAAGACAAGGAGCUUGAUCUUCGCUAUCAUGGCCUUGGAAGUAGAGGAUCGAGGGCCGUGACACCAACUAUUGCGACCAGCUGCCAUAUACAAAAAUUGGAUUUGACAGACAAUAACCUCAGCCGUUCCGGAGGACUAGCCUUGUGUGAAAUGAUCAAAGAAAACUGCUUCAUAACAGAAUUGGUGCUUUCGUCAAAUAAGUUGAACUUGUGUGUUUGGGAUUUGUGCGAUGCGAUCAUUCAAAACGACACUCUAACGCAUCUCAUUUUAUCAGAUAACGAUUUCAAUGAUUAUUCUGCUCCUGUUCUGGCAAAGUUAAUAACGAAUACAAAAAAACUGGAAUUUUUAGACUUGAGCCACAACAAGUUAGAAAGUCGAUCAGGAAAGGCGUUGGGUCCAGCAUUAUCAGAAAAUAGUACCAUCAAUCAUCUAAAUCUAAGUUGGAAUAAUCUAAGAGCAAAUGGCUUUGAAGCCUUGGCAAAUGGAAUCAAGGGCAAUUGUGCGUUGAAGCAUCUUGAUCUUUCUUGGAACGGAAUUGACAGAGGAGUUGCCAAAGCUCUUGGAGAAGCUCUCAAAUUUAAUAAUACCCUCGAGCAUUUGAAUAUCAGUAAUUGCCGAGUGAAUCCAGAGUGUUCGGUACUUAUUGGACUUGGCUUAUCUUGCAACGAAACUUUGAAAGAACUCAAGAUGGUUCGUAACCCAAUGGAGAGUGCUGGUUGCUACGCGAUUUGUGCAGCUGUGUUAAGAAACCAAAGUCCUGCCAUAGAAAAAUUGGAUUUUCAGCACAGCCACGUCAACGAAGAUUUCAAUGAAAUCUUCGAGCAACUGAAGGAAAAGCUGCCGGACGUCAGAGUUAUUCACGGGAGCCAAGAAGCUAAAAAGAAACCAAAGGCUAUGAUUCAUCCAAUGGCGCUCCUUGUACGAUAUCUGGAUGACAAUAACAUUCGAUUGGCUGACUGUUUCGGGAAAUUUGACGAAGAUGGUAGUAUGACUGUUACGCACGAAGAGUUCAUUAAAGGUAUAGAGUCGAUUGGUCUAAGGUUGGACGAUGCCCAAAAAACAUUUUUGCUAAAUGAAAUGGACAGAGAUGGAGAUGGUGAAAUUGACUACAGUGAACUGGUUCGGUCGAGGAUGGAAUUUAAAGCGAAGGCCAAUUCAGCAGAAUAUCUGUUUCCAAAGAUGAUUCAACCGACAUCCUAA